UACAAAGCACUACAUUUCCCAUGAAAGUGCAAAAUGGGCAGAGCUUUCCAGAGCACCUGAAAAUAAAUAUAUUCAUCAAGUUCAGCGGAGGAUUCAACUCUACUGUCAAACAUGACGGAGGGAACGCACCUGCGGAGGAGGGGGGGGCCGUACAGGACGGAGCCAGCCACUGACCUGAGCCGCUGGAGGCUGAGUAGUGUGGAGGGCCGGCAGACAUGGCGCUAUGUGGAAGACCAGGACCCUCCCGACAGAGAGCAGACCAUGCUGGAGGCACAUUCUCUAGGCCUGGACACGAGUCAGUUUGUGUCUGAGUCCCCGGCUGCCCACACGGCUGAAGAGGCCGCUCUGAAAGGAAUGCACUUCUACAGCCAGCUGCAGGCAGAGGACGGUCACUGGGCGGGGGACUACGGCGGACCCCUUUUCCUGCUGCCAGGUCUCCUGAUCACCUGCCAUAUCGCUAAGAUCCCUCUGCCCUCUGCCUGGCAGAAAGAGAUGGUGAGGUACCUGCGCUCUGUGCAGCUAGCAGACGGAGGCUGGGGUCUACACAUUGAAGAUAAGUCCACUGUGUUUGGCACGGCGCUGAGCUACAUCUCACUAAGGAUUCUGGGAGUAGAGCCUGAUGAUCCAGACAUGAUUCGAGCCAGGAACAACCUGCACAGCAAAGGUGGCGCUGUGGGGAUUCCCUCAUGGGGUAAAUUCUGGUUGGCCAUUUUAAACGUGUACAGUUGGGAAGGAAUGAACACACUGCUGCCAGAGAUGUGGCUGUUCCCCUCUUGGAUGCCUGCCCACCCCUCCACCCUGUGGUGUCACUGCCGCCAGGUGUACCUCCCCAUGAGCUACUGCUACGCUGUGAGGCUGUCUGCAGAGGAGGACCCGCUGGUCCUCAGCCUCCGACAGGAGCUUUAUGUCCAAGACUAUGCCACCAUUAGCUGGCCCGCUCAGAGGAACAAUGUGGCAUCAUGUGACAUGUACACCCCUCACAGCACGCUGCUCGACGUCGCCUACAUGGUGCUGAAUGUGUAUGAAGCCCAUCACAGCACCAUGCUGAGAGAAAAGGCUGUCAAAGAACUUUAUGAACACAUCGAGGCCGACGACCGUUUCACCAAGUGUAUCAGCAUUGGACCGAUCUCCAAGACCAUCAACAUGCUGGUUCGCUGGUAUGUGGACGGGCCCUCCUCUCCGGUCUUUCAGGAGCAUGUGUCUAGGAUCCCAGACUACCUAUGGUUGGGAUUAGAUGGAAUGAAAAUGCAGGGGACCAAUGGAUCUCAACUCUGGGAUACUUGUUUUGCUGUACAGGCUUUCCUUGAGGCAGGAGCCCAGAAUAACUCCACAUUAGCCGGGUGCCUCCGAGAUGCCCAUCAGUUUCUCACCAUCACACAGAUACCUGAAAAUCCUCCCGAGUAUCAGAAGUACUACAGACAGAUGAACAAGGGAGGUUUCCCCUUCAGUACCCGGGACUGUGGCUGGAUCGUGGCUGACUGCACAGCGGAGGGUCUGAAGUCAGUGAUGCUGCUGCAGGAGCUCUGCCCCUCCAUCAGCCAGCCGCUCCCCUCAGAGCGCCUGUGUGAUGCUGUCAAUGUGCUGCUGAGCAUGAGAAACUCUGACGGAGGAUUUGCCACGUAUGAAACUAAGAGAGGAGGGAGGCUGCUGGAGCUGCUCAACCCCUCCGAGGUGUUCGGUGACAUCAUGAUCGAUUACACCUAUGUGGAGUGUACCUCUGCAGUAAUGCAGGCUCUCAGGCACUUCCAGACGGCCUACCCAGAACACCGUGCAGAGGAGUUAAGGUCCACUCUACGAGAAGGACUGGAGUACUGCAGGAAGGUGCAGAGGCCUGAUGGAUCAUGGGAAGGGUCCUGGGGAGUGUGCUUCACAUAUGGAAUAUGGUUCGGCCUUGAAGCCUUUGCCUGUAUGGGUCACGUCUAUCAGGAUGACCAUGUGUGCGAGGAGGUGCAGAAGGCUUGUCAGUUCCUGCUGGACCAGCAGAUGACAGACGGAGGCUGGGGGGAGGACUUUGAAUCAUGCGAGCAGCGGCGCUAUGUCCAGAGCAGCAGUGCCCAGAUCCACAACACCUGCUGGGCUUUGUUAGGCCUCAUGGCUGUCAGACAUCCCGAUAGGCGGGCCAUUGAGAGGGGAGUGCAGCUUCUGAUUGACAACCAGCUGCCCAAUGGAGACUGGCCACAGGAGAAUAUUGCAGGUGUGUUCAACAAGAGCUGUGCCAUCAGCUACACCUCCUACAGAAACGUCUUCACAGUCUGGACCCUCGGCCGCUUCUCAACACUUUAUCCCAGCAGUCCAUUGGCUGGAAAGGUCAAGCUGUGAAUAAUUGUAUUUAAAACGUAUCGGACUAUGUGCCACAAUAAGAAUUGUGAAUGCCUUGAAAGCAAAUACCACAACAGCCAUGAAGUUCAGACCAUCAUUGAAAAUGGUUGUUUUAUUUGUCAGCCUAUAGGUUUUAUGCUCAUUUCUCACCUUCAUUGACAUUUGAAAACUUCUGCUGUGUUCUCAGAGUUUAAUCCAUCUGAUAAGGAAACACAUUUCAUUCUUUGAAUUACUUUCUGUGUUGACAUUCCAGCAAUGCUUUUCCAACAGGGCUACUCCCUACAAUCAUGUUGUAAUAGCCUGCUGCUAUCCAAGGAUGUGCUUUGAACCUGUAUGUCUAUGUUGCCUGAAAUCCUCAGUCACUUCCCUAGCAUUUCCAUUGAGAAUAAAUACUUUUUCUAUAGUAUAAUCAUGA